AUGCUACAAAUUGAUCCAUUAUUUCAGGCGAUCAGUUUAUUUCGUCGUCGUCGAUAUGAACCAUGUGUUGAAAUAACAACUCGUUUACUUGAAAAAAAUCCUAAUGAUCAAGUAGCAUGGUUACUUAAAAUGCGUGCACUAACAGAACAAUUAUACAUAGAUGAAACUGAGAUGGGUGAUGAUGGUCUGGCUGAUAUGUUAGAUGACAAUGCGUUUCAUCAGGCACCAAUGCCUGGUACAUCUAUGCGACAACCAACUGCUAAUCCAAACAUAGGCGUAACUGGACCAAGUCCUGCUGUGAGACCUGUGACAAUGUCUGGUCGACCAAUCACUGGUGUACUUCGAUUGAAUACUCAAUCGACACAAGCCGGCAAGAGCAUGGAAAAUAUAUUGAAGACUGCUCGUACAGCAGCUACAGCAAGACCAGUAACAACUGCUAACGGCCGUUUUGUUCGACUUGGAACAGUAAGUAAAUAA